GGAGGCUCAGGGCGGAGCGCGGCGAGUUGUCCUUUGGGCGUCGGCGGAGAGAUGCUGAAGUUCAAGUACGGAGUGCGGAACCCACUGGAUGCCAGUGCCUGCGAGCCCAUUGCCAGUCGGGCCUCCAGGCUAAAUGCGUUUUUCCAGGGGAAACCGCCCGUCAUGAUUCAACAGCAGCAGUCUGCUCUUUCCCGGGAAGGGAUCUUAGACGGCCUCUUUGUUCUCUUUGAAGAGUGCAGCCAGCCCGCCCUGAUGAAGAUGAAGCACGUGAGCAGCUUUGUCCAGAAGUAUUCCGACACAAUAGCCGAAUUACGGGAGCUCCAGCCUUCAGUGAGAGACUUUGAAGUCCGAAGUCUUGUGGGCUGUGGUCACUUUGCUGAGGUGCAGGUGGUUAGAGAGAGGGCAACUGGGGACGUCUAUGCCAUGAAGAUCAUGAAGAAGAAGGCUUUGCUGGCCCAGGAGCAGGUUUCAUUUUUCGAGGAAGAGCGGAACAUAUUAUCACGGAGCACGAGCCCUUGGAUCCCCCAAUUACAGUAUGCCUUUCAGGACAAAAAUAACCUUUACCUGGUCAUGGAAUAUCAGCCUGGAGGGGAUUUAUUGUCACUUCUGAAUAGAUAUGAGGACCAAUUAGAUGAAAAUAUGAUUCAGUUUUACCUUGCUGAGCUGAUUUUGGCUGUUCACAGCCUGCAUCAGAUGGGAUAUGUGCAUCGAGACAUCAAACCUGAGAACAUCCUCAUUGACCGCACGGGACACAUCAAGCUGGUGGAUUUUGGAUCAGCUGCUAAAAUGAAUUCAAAUAAGGUGAAUGCCAAACUCCCCAUUGGGACCCCAGACUACAUGGCUCCCGAAGUACUGACCGUGAUGAAUGAGGACCGGAGAGGCACCUACGGCCUGGAAUGUGACUGGUGGUCGGUGGGAGUGGUCGCCUAUGAGAUGGUUUACGGGAGAACCCCAUUCACAGAGGGAACCUCUGCCCGCACCUUCAGCAACAUCAUGAACUUUCAGCGGUUUUUGAAGUUUCCAGAAGACCCAAAAGUUAGCAGUGAGUUCCUGGAUCUGAUUCAGAGUUUGCUGUGUGGCCAGAAGGAGAGACUGACGUUUGAGGGUCUCUGCUGCCACCCCUUCUUUGCCAGCACUGACUGGAAUAACAUUCGUAACUCUCCUCCCCCCUUCGUUCCCACCCUCAAGUCUGAUGAUGACACCUCCAAUUUCGAUGAACCAGAGAAGAAUUCGUGGGUUCCAUCCUCUCCGUGCCAGCUGAGCCCCUCGGGUUUCUCGGGCGAAGAACUGCCGUUUGUGGGCUUUUCAUAUAGCAAGGCACUAGGACUUCUUGGUAGAUCUGAGUCUGUUGUGUCGGGUCUGGACUCCCCUGCCAAGACUAGCUCCAUGGAAAAGAAACUUCUCAUCAAAAGCAAAGAGCUGCAAGACUCACAGGACAAGUGUCACAAGAUGGAGCAGGAAAUGACCCGGUUACAUCGGAGAGUGUCAGAGGUGGAGGCUGUGCUUAGUCAGAAGGAGGUGGAACUGAAGGCCUCUGAGACUCAGAGAUCCCUCCUGGAGCAGGACCUUGCCACCUACAUCACAGAAUGCAGUAGCUUAAAGCGAAGUCUGGAGCAAGCACGGAUGGAGGUGUCCCAGGAGGAUGACAAAGCCCUGCAGCUUCUCCAUGACAUCAGAGAGCAGAGCCGGAAGCUCCAAGAGAUCAAGGAGCAGGAGUACCAGGCUCAGGUGGAAGAGAUGAGGUUGAUGAUGAGCCAAUUGGAAGAGGACCUCGUGUCCGCCCGGAGACGCAGCGAUCUCUACGAAUCCGAGCUGAGAGAGUCUCGGCUUGCCGCUGAGGAAUUCAAGCGGAAGGCCACUGAAUGUCAGCACAAAUUGAUGAAGGUAGUCAGCCACCCUCCAAGAGGGGACUUUGGGGGCACGGCCCUGGAUGAUCUUCACAAGAUGCAAGGCCACGCUGACUUAAUGAGUGCUAAGGACCAAGGGAAGCCUGAAGUGGGAGAGUACUCCAAACUUGAGAAGAUCAAUGCUGAGCAGCAGCUCAAAAUCCAGGAGCUCCAGGAGAAGCUGGAAAAGGCUGUAAAAGCGAGCACAGAGGCCACUGAGCUCCUGCAGAAUAUCCGCCAGGCCAAGGAGCGAGCCGAGAGGGAGCUGGAGAAGCUGCACAACCGAGAAGAUUCUUCCGAAGGCAUCAAAAAGAAGCUGGUUGAAGCCGAGGAACGCCGGCACUCUCUGGAGAACAAGGUAAAGAGACUAGAGACCAUGGAGCGUAGAGAGAACAGACUGAAGGACGACAUCCAGACAAAGUCCCAACAGAUCCAGCAGAUGGCUGAUAAAAUUCUGGAGCUGGAGGAGAAACACCGGGAGGCUCAGGUCUCGGCACAACACCUAGAAGUACACUUGAAACAGAAAGAACAGCACUACGAGGAAAAGAUUAAAGUAUUGGACAAUCAGAUAAAGAAAGACCUAGCCGACAAGGAGAGCCUGGAGAACAUGAUGCAGAGACAUGAAGAGGAGGCCCACGAGAAGGGCAAAAUCCUCAGCGAGCAGAAGGCGAUGAUCAACGCUAUGGAUUCCAAGAUCAGAUCCCUGGAGCAGAGGAUUGUGGAACUGUCCGAGGCCAACAAGUUGGCGGCAAACAGCAGUCUCUUCACCCAGAGGAACAUGAAGGCCCAGGAAGAGAUGAUUUCAGAACUCAGGCAGCAGAAAUUUUACCUGGAGACACAGGCCGGGAAACUGGAGGCCCAGAACCGAAAGUUGGAAGAGCAGCUGGAGAAAAUCAGCCACCAAGACCACAGUGACAAGAAUCGGCUGCUGGAGCUGGAGACAAGGUUGAGGGAGGUCAGCCUGGAGCAUGAGGAGCAGAAGCUGGAGCUGAAACGCCAGCUCACGGAGCUGCAGCUGUCCCUGCAGGAGCGAGAGUCCCAACUGACAGCCCUGCAGGCAGCCAGGGCGGCCCUGGAGGGCCAGCUCCGCCAGGCCAAGACAGAGCUGGAGGAGACAACGGCGGAAGCAGAGGAGGAGAUCCAGGCACUGACGGCGCAUAGAGAUGAAAUCCAGCGCAAAUUUGAUGCCCUUCGCAGCAGCUGCACUGUCAUCACUGACCUGGAGGAGCAGCUGAACCAGCUGACCGAGGACAACGCUGAACUCAACAACCAAAACUUCUAUUUAUCCAAACAACUUGACGAGGCCUCUGGUGCCAACGAUGAGAUUGUGCAGCUGCGAAGCGAGGUGGACCAUCUCCGCCGUGAGAUCACCGAGAGGGAGAUGCAGCUCACCAGCCAGAAGCAAACGAUGGAGGCUCUGAAGACCACAUGCACCAUGCUGGAGGAGCAGGUCAUGGAUCUGGAGGCGCUAAACGAUGAGCUGCUGGAGAAAGAGCGUCAGUGGGAGGCCUGGAGGAGCGUCCUCGGGGACGAGAAGUCCCAGUUUGAGUGUCGCGUUCGAGAGUUGCAGAGGAUGCUGGACACUGAGAAGCAGAGCAGGGCGAGAGCCGAUCAGCGGAUCACCGAGUCUCGCCAGGUGGUGGAGUUGGCAGUGAAGGAGCACAAGGCCGAGAUUCUCGCUCUGCAGCAGGCGCUCAAAGAACAGAAGCUGAAAGCUGAGAGCCUGUCCGACAAGCUCAACGACCUGGAGAAGAAGCACGCCAUGCUCGAGAUGAACGCCCGGAGCUUACAGCAGAAGCUGGAGACGGAACGGGAGCUCAAGCAGAGGCUUCUGGAGGAGCAAGCCAAGCUGCAGCAGCAGAUGGACCUGCAGAAGAGCCACAUCUUCCGCCUGACGCAAGGGCUGCAGGAGGCGCUGGACCGGGCCGAUCUGCUGAAGACGGAAAGAAGUGAUCUGGAAUAUCAGCUGGAAAACAUUCAGGUUCUCUAUUCUCAUGAAAAGGUGAAAAUGGAAGGCACGAUUUCUCAACAAACCAAACUCAUUGAUUUUUUGCAAGCUAAGAUGGACCAACCGGCUAAGAAGAAAAAGGGUUUAUUUAGUCGACGGAAAGAGGACCCUGCUUUGCCCACACAGGUUCCUCUGCAGUACAAUGAGCUGAAGCUGGCCCUGGAGAAGGAGAAGGCACGCUGCGCAGAGCUGGAGGAAGCCCUUCAGAAGACGCGCAUCGAGCUCCGGUCUGCGCGGGAGGAAGCUGCCCACCGCAAAGCCACAGACCACCCACACCCGUCUACGCCAGCCACUGCGAGACAGCAGAUCGCCAUGUCUGCCAUCGUGCGGUCGCCCGAGCACCAGCCCAGUGCCAUGAGCCUGCUCGCCCCGCCAUCCAGCCGCCGAAAGGAGUCGUCCACUCCAGAGGAAUAUAAUCGGCGUCUUAAGGAACGUAUGCACCACAACAUUCCUCACCGAUUCAACGUGGGACUGAACAUGCGAGCCACCAAGUGUGCUGUGUGUCUGGAUACUGUGCACUUCGGACGUCAGGCAUCCAAAUGUCUCGAAUGCCAGCUCAUGUGCCAUCCCAAGUGCUCCACCUGCUUGCCAGCUACCUGUGGCCUGCCUGCUGAGUACGCCACACACUUCACCGAGGCCUUCUGCCGUGACAAAAUGAACUCCCCGGGUCUCCAGAGCAAGGAGCCCAGCAGCAGCUUGCACCUGGAGGGGUGGAUGAAAGUGCCCAGGAAUAACAAACGAGGACAGCAAGGCUGGGACAGGAAAUACAUUGUCUUGGAGGGGUCAAAAGUCCUCAUCUAUGACAAUGAAGCCAGAGAAGCUGGACAGAGGCCGGUGGAAGAAUUUGAGCUGUGCCUUCCUGAUGGGGACGUAUCUAUUCAUGGUGCCGUUGGUGCUUCUGAACUUGCAAAUACAGCCAAAGCAGAUGUCCCAUACAUACUGAAGAUGGAGUCUCACCCACAUACCACUUGCUGGCCUGGAAGAACCCUGUACUUGCUAGCACCCAGCUUCCCCGAGAAGCAGCGCUGGGUCACCGCCUUAGAGUCUGUCGUCGCGGGUGGCAGAGUUUCUAGGGAAAAGGCAGAAGCCGAUGCUAAAUUACUUGGAAACUCUCUGCUGAAGCUGGAAGGUGAUGACCGACUUGACAUGAACUGCACCCUGCCCUUCAGCGACCAGGUGGUGCUGGUGGGCACCGAGGAAGGGCUCUAUGCACUAAAUGUCUUGAAAAACUCCUUAACUCACAUCCCAGGAAUUGGAGCAGUCUUCCAAAUUUACAUCAUCAAGGACCUGGAGAAGCUGCUCAUGAUAGCAGGGGAAGAGCGGGCCCUCUGUCUGGUAGACGUGAAGAAGGUAAAGCAGUCCUUGGCACAGUCGCACCUUCCCGCCCAGCCCGACAUCUCCCCCAGUGUGUUUGAAGCCGUCAAAGGCUGCCACUUGUUUGCCGCUGGCAAGAUCGAGAAUAGCCUCUGCAUCUGUGCCGCCAUGCCGAGCAAAGUCGUUAUCCUCCGCUACAAUGACAGCCUCAGCAAGUACUGCAUCCGGAAGGAGAUAGAGACCUCCGAACCCUGCAGCUGUAUCCACUUCACCAAUUACAGUAUCCUCAUUGGAACCAACAAAUUCUAUGAGAUCGACAUGAAGCAGUACACGCUCGAGGAGUUCCUGGACAAGAAUGACCACUCUUUGGCGCCUGCUGUGUUCGCAUCCUCAUCCAACAGCUUCCCCGUGUCCAUCGUGCAGGCGAAUGGCGCCGGGCAGCGGGAGGAGUACCUGCUUUGCUUCCAUGAAUUUGGGGUGUUUGUGGAUUCUUAUGGAAGGCGUAGCCGCACAGAUGAUCUCAAGUGGAGCCGCUUACCUCUGGCCUUUGCCUACAGAGAACCUUAUCUGUUUGUGACUCACUUCAACUCACUGGAAGUAAUUGAGAUCCAGGCACGUUCCUCCCUAGGGACCCCUGCCCGAGCAUAUCUGGAAAUCCCAAACCCGCGCUACCUGGGCCCUGCAAUUUCCUCGGGCGCCAUCUACCUGGCCUCCUCUUACCAGGACAAGUUGAGAGUCAUAUGCUGCAAGGGGAACCUGGUGAAGGAGACCGGCACUGACCAGCACCGGGUGCCCUCCACCUCCCGCAGCAGUCCCAACAAGCGAGGCCCACCAACAUACAAUGAGCACAUCACCAAACGUGUGGCCUCCAGCCCAGCGCCACCAGAAGGCCCCAGCCACCCCCGAGAGCCAAGCACACCCCACCGCUACCGAGACCGAGAAGGCCGGGCAGAGCUGCGCAGGGACAAGUCCCCAGGCCGUCCCCUGGAGCGGGAGAAGUCCCCAGGCCGGAUGCUCAGCACGAGGAGAGAGCGGUCCCCAGGGAGACUGUUUGAAGACAGCAGCAGGGGCCGGCUGCCUGCGGGAGCCGUGAGGACCCCACUGUCCCAGGUUAACAAGGUCUGGGACCAGUCUUCAGUAUAAGUCUCAACCAGAAAAACCACCUCCUCAUUCAGUCUGCAGGACCACACCACACCCUGGGUCUCUGCCGCAGGGGACCCCAGCGCCCAUCCGCUCGACCCGCAUUCAGCACAGCUGGGUCCAGACUGUCCUUGGCACGGAUACCCCCACCUACAAGGGGUGCAGAUAGCCAAGGCUCGUAGGCGCUGCUGGCACUCGGUGCCCCACCCCGGGGCACCUUCCUGCAGUCAUCCUCUUUGCACUUUGUUACUCUCUCACUCAUUCAGAGACUUUUGUAUUUAGCUCCAGCCUGUACCCGUUCAUCAAAGGACGCCAACCCGGACUGUGGCUGGAGUCUACCCGCUACUCCGAGAUCCUCGGGCUGCUUGGUUUUUCUUUGCUUUUUAGUGUUUUUUUUUUCUUUUCCUUUUUCUUUCUUUUUUUUUUUUUUAAGA